ACACAGCACUCUGUAGGCUUGACGGAGGAUAUCCGCAAAGUCGUGAUGCCUCCACCUGCGCCGUUCUCCCUGCGGCCAUGGCCAACCGGCGACAAGAAGCCCAAGACGAUGGGCGAGUUCAUCGCGCGGGCCAAUGCCGCACCAGGCGGCUUCAGGAGUCUCAACGCCGAUGAUCUCCGGGCCCAGAUCGAAGCUCGCAAGACUGGCACCCCGCCUGUAGAGCCGAGCACUCACAUGGACCUCGACCCGGCCAGCGACUCGGAGGAAGAAGGAGACGAUCAAACCCUGACAACUGAGGCGUUGAGAAAAGCUCGAGACGAAGUGCUGAAGAACAUUGAGAUCGCUCAUCAAAGCGCUAUGAUGACCCAAGAUUUGGUAUCUCUGCUGUUGUCUAAAGAAAACCCCACGACCGCAAAGACCACAAUAUCUCCUCACAUUGCCUCCCUCAAGUUAACUGGGACAUUGGGUGCCGACAAACUGGCUGCUCCCCAGGUGACCGCUGCCAGGAUACUUGACGGCAAGAUAAUGGCUACUGGCUGGAAGCUUAUCGAAGUUGACAAGACUGUAGACUCCGUCAUGGUGGCUGCAACCCGACUCCAAAAGGAGAUCUCGCUUGAAACUGCAUACUGGGCAGAGGUUCUUGGCGUCAGUGAAAAGGGCUGGUCCGUAUGCCGCCUGCCUUAUGAAAAACAAACCUUGGGCGUCAGAUUUGCGACCCAUGAGUUCCAAAAGAACAACCUGGCUCCUAUGCGACGAAAAGCCGACGGCUCUGUUGAUCUCGCCGCGGCGAGUGUAGCACAGAGCCAGCGGGUGCGUGUAUCGAUUCUGAGGAAUCGGACAAUAGUUGGCCGCUCUGCUCUGCCAAACCCAACUCCACCCGAUGCGCCGCUCGAAGCUCGUGUUCUUGAGGCAAGGAACACCAUUUUCCAUCAGGAGCUGUGGUAUGAGAUCAAUCGGGAGGCCCGAACUCUUCUGGCUCAUAACGUGCGCCUUGAUGGGUCUACAGUUGUGGUCGAGAUGGACAAGAAUACCAAAGCUGUGUUCAGUCUGGUCACGCUUGGCGAAGAUGAACCGGUGGCAAACACAGGCGGCGGCAGGUCUACGGAUGACAUUCUUGCUGAGACUGUCAGUAGUGCGUUAAGCCUGCUUCUAUCUCACGCACACCGUCUCAACAUGCGCAUGCGAUCGCAACCUGGUCCCCCGCACCUGCGGCGAUCACGCCUUGGGCAGCCAUACGCAUUGAUCAAGGGCGUUAUGGCAUACUUGGAGUACGAGAACUCGGUUGGAAACGCCACUCGCUUUAUGUCGGAUCUCACCACGGUUCUUCAAUCUGCCGGCUACACGCAUGCGUCGUACACGCUGACCGAGCCGUCUAUCGCAAUCUCGAGCUCCUCUGCGCGUCACGCUUCGUCCUCAGAGGCUCUUAUGAGUUCUCUCACCACCCCUCGUGAGUUUCAGCUGGAGCUGACGAUGACCCCCAAAGCGCGAGUUUUGGUCAGCGGAACAACCAUCCUUUAUCCGAACCUCCUCACGAGUUUUAGCGUCAAGCUUUUGCCGCCCUCUGAUGAUGCAGACGCCCCCGAAGAUGAGCCGCCACCAUCCAACGUCUUGCGCACCCUGUUCCCACCAGCGGAAUUCUACCCCAACUUCAGGGAGGUGAUGUUGUGGAUCGCAGGUGCGGUCCCGCGCUUUAUGGCCGAUGAAGCAGAGGAGUUUGCGUUCAAACUUGCCAAGCUUGCGCCUGCAGACUCGGAAGAGCGGCGUGACUUUGUAAAGUCAAUUAGCGGCGUUGCCGUGCAGAGCACUCAGCCGGGGCAAUCUGAUAUUAGGUUCGAAGUCCGUCUUUCGGGCAUCGAUUCGAAGAGCGAAGGAGGACGGGAAACAGAUGCAGAAAAGAGGCUGUCAGGGCAAUAUACGCCUGAAUUGCAUGUGUUUGGGAAGUGGUCAGUGCCGGGCGGCAAUGGCGAUACUCUCCAACAUGAAUGGAUCUGGUCGGUAGAUCGCAAGGAGAGUAGACCUUUGGAGGAGGUAUAUCAAGGAGUUUUGAGGGGUGAUCUUGUCCUAGACGCAUCAGGCCCAGUCACAGACUACGACAAAUUCAUGGUUGAGGGCUGGGGAAGCGUGCAAGAGUUCCUGGCGGCCUUCAAGCUGCAGCCGGGCGACAUGGCCAAGGCGCACCGCAUCAUUGACGAGAUUUGCGCGCCGCACCCCGACGACGAGGAUGUGGACGAGGAUGGCGACGGCGCCAUCGACUAUGAAAAGUUCAUGAAUGACGGCUGGGGCACUGUGGACAAGUUCUUGGCCGCGCACGGGUUGAAGGCGGGCGAGAUGGACAAGGCUAGGAGGAUCAUCGAUCAAAUGUGCGCGCCAGACGAGGACGAGUGA